CAGAGCAGAGCAACUAUGGAAAUGCUUUGGCGGUGGAAGAUGCCACGGCCGCCGUCCUUCUCCGCAAUUAUCGGCAUUGUCGUCGCCGCGGCCUUAGUGACGGACUUCGCACUUUGUCAGAAUCUAGACGCGGCAAAAGUCGAUAAUCCGGCGGUGCGUGAGCUAGUGAUUCAGGAAGUCAACCGCCGCAUCGCCAAUGUGACCUCCCGGGUUUUCUCUAGUGAGAUGAAUGAGAAAUCAAGUUUCUGCAUUCUAGACAAAGAAAAGGAUUGGGAUAAUGCAUUUAACUUUACCCAGAAUUCGCGGUUCCUGAGAGAUUGUGUUGCCAGAACUAAAGGAGAUGUACAACAAAGGUUAUGUAGUGCAGCAGAAAUAAGAUCCUACGUUAGUAACAUCUUCCUGACUUCAAUGAGUUACCAAAAGCCUAAUAGGAACUGUAAUCUUACUUCUUGGGUACCUGGUUGUGAGCCAGGAUGGGCUUGUAAAACAGGGUCAAAUCAGAAGUCUGACCCCGAAAAUGUGCAAGAUAUACCUACAAGAACCAUUGACUGUCAGCCUUGCUGUGAGGGAUUCUUUUGUCCACAAGGCAUUACAUGUAUGAUACCCUGCCCUUUGGGUUCCUAUUGCCCACGUGCAACACUCAAUAAUGAUACUGGAGUAUGUGAACCAUAUAAUUACCAAUUACCUCACGGGCAUUCAAAUCAUAGUUGUGGUGGGGCAAAUAUCUGGGCAGAUGUUGGUCGAAGCUCGGAGAUAUUCUGUUCAGCAGGAUCCUAUUGUCCAUCAAAUACUGAAAAGAUUCCUUGCAGUAGUGGGAAUUACUGCCCUACAGGUUCAACCGCCGAGAAAGGAUGUGUCAAGUUGACAUCUUGUGAUCCGAACACUUCAAGUCAAAAUAUGCAUGCAUAUGGAGUUAUUCUUAUAGUUGCUUUAUCUACUGCUCUUCUUAUAAUCUACAACUCUUCUGACCACAUCAUUACUGUUCGGGAAAGGAGGCGUGCUAGAUUCAGAGAAUCAGCCGCUAAAAGUGUGAAGGAGAGGGUACAUGCACGUGCAAGGUGGAAGUCUGCAAAGGAGGCUGCUAAAAAACAUGCUAUCGAAUUACGUUCUCAAGUUUCACUAAAACCUUCUCGCAAGAAAGCUAUUACUAUUAGUGACAAUGUCACAGUUUUCAAUGUAGCUAAUAAUGAUCAAGAUGCUGAUAUACACGGAUCUAAUUCUAUAGGAUCUAAAAAAACAGCUUCCUCGUCAACUGAAAUCGAACCCAGUCCACUCAUGAAGAUGAUGAAAGACAUCAGUUGUGAUAAUUCUGAAGUCUUUAAUUCUGAGGUCAAGGAUAAAAAUUUGAAAGCGAAAGUGCCAAAAGGGAAACAAGCUCAAACACAUAGCCAAAUGUUUAAGUAUGCAUAUUCUAAACUUGAGCUUGAGAAAGCUCAGAACCGGCAAAAUAAAAGUCUUACCUUCUCCGGUGUACUUUCCAUGGCAACAAAUAAUGAAAUAAGGAAAAGGCCAACUAUAGAGAUUGCUUUCAGAGAUGUGACUGUUACUCUUAAAGGGAAAAACAAACAUCUUUUGAGAUCUGUCCAUGGGAUAGUCAUGCCUGGGCGUAUUACUGCUGUCAUGGGCCCUUCUGGAGCAGGAAAAACUACUUUUCUUUCAGCUUUGGCUGGAAAAACUGUUGGGUGCACCUUAACUGGUUCAAUACUUAUAAAUGGAAAGACGGAAUCAAUCCACUCAUACAGGAAAAUUAUAGGUUUUGUUCCACAGGAUGAUAUUGUUCAUGGAAAUUUGACAGUCGAGGAGAAUCUUUGGUUCACUGCAAAUUGCAGACUGUCAGCAGAUUUGCCAAAGCCAGAUAAGGUCCUAGUUGUUGAGAGGGUCAUUGACUCCUUGGGGUUACAAGCAGUAAGAAAUUCUUUGGUUGGUACAGUGGAAAAGCGAGGCAUUUCCGGAGGUCAGAGAAAACGAGUAAAUGUUGGGCUAGAGCUGGUAAUUGAACCUUCACUAUUGUUUUUGGAUGAGCCGACUUCUGGGUUAGACAGUGCAUCUUCUCAAUUACUUCUUAGAGCACUCCGCCGUGAAGCUCUUGAAGGGGUAAACAUAUGUAUGGUUGUCCACCAACCAAGCUAUACCUUGUUCAAGAUGUUUGAUGAUUUGAUGCUUCUGGCUAAAGGAGGGCUUACAGUUUACCAUGGCUCAGCUAAGAAGGUAGAAGAGUACUUUGCAGGUCUUGGAAUCAAUGUUCCUGAGCGUGUUAAUCCUCCAGACUACUUCAUUGAUGUUCUGGAGGGUCUGAUUACCCCAAAACCCAGUUCAAAGAUGAGUUAUAAUGAGCUUCCUGUGUCCUGGAUGGUUCAUAAGGGAUAUGCUGUGCCUCCAGAUAUGCAACAGGAUUUGCACAGAGAUGCUAUUUUGCCAACUGGAGUAAAUGUUAAUCAUAAUGAUGGUGGUGUCAAUGCAGAACGUUCUUUUGCUGGGGAGAUAUGGCAAGACAUGAAGUGUAAUAUGCAGAGGCAUCGUGAUGUUUUACAUCACAAUUUCUUUACGUCAAAGGACCUUUCCCAUCGAAGAACUCCAAAUAUUUUCUUGCAGUAUAAAUACUUCAUGGGAAGGGUGGGUAAACAAAGAUUACGGGAAGCGAAAACACAAGCAAUGGAUUAUCUCAUUCUAUUAGUUGCUGGAGCCUGCUUGGGCUCACUGACCAAAGUGAAGGAUGAAACUUUUGGUUUCCCUGGUUAUGCACACACUAUAAUUGCUGUCUCUUUGCUGUGUAAAGUUGCAGCAUUGAGAACAUUUUCAUUAGACAAGUUGCACUACUGGAGAGAAAGUGCUUCUGGCAUGAGCAGUCUUGCUCAUUUUGUAUCCAAAGAUACAAUAGAUCAUUUCAAUACCAUAAUUAAGCCAGCUGUCUAUCUCUCCAUGUUCUACUUCUUUUGCAACCCAAGGUCCACUUUUGCAGAUAAUUACGUCGCCUUACUCUGCCUUGUCUAUUGUGUUACGGGUAUGGGUUAUGCAUUCGCCAUCUUUCUUGAACCGGGUCCUUCCCAGCUGUGUGCUGUGCUUGUUCCUGUGGUAUUCACUCUCGUCGCUACACAAUCUUCGGGUAGCAACCUUUUUAAUGUCAUAGCUGACUUGUGCUAUCCAAAAUGGGCACUACAAGCCUUUGUUAUCGCAAAUGCAGAAAGAUAUUAUGGUGUAUGGCUCAUAACUCGCUGCGGGGCACUCCAGAAAUAUGGAUACAAUAUACACAACUGGGGACUUUGUUUGGCCAUUCUCAUCCUUAUAGGUUUAGUCAGCCGGGUUGUGGCAUUCCUUGGUAUGAAACUUCUUCAAAAGAGGUGAAUGAUUCCAUAUAUCAUUUCCUCGAUGCCAUUUCUUUCUAGUGUAGAAGUGCAAAUGUUAUGCACUCUGAGUACAAUAUUCUUGUGCUGUUGUGCUAUCUUUGUUUGGUACACAAUAUGCCCUUUUACUUGUUGUGUCUAUACGCUCAUAUCCCUUGUGCUGAUCUUAUGUAAA